UGAGGGCCAAGGGAACCUUGUCGUUUCCACACUGCACAACAAAAUCGGCCAGGUGAACCAGGUCCUCGAUUCUCUUCAGGGCUACAUCCUCCAACUCGACGUGUCAGCCGCAGAGACGUCGAUGAAUGGCAGCACAGUGGAGUCGCAGUGCAACACGACCACUCACUUCCCCUGCGGUGACGGCACUUGCCUUCCCGUUGAAAAGAAAUGCGACGGGGUAACAGACUGUCCGGGAGGAGGAGACGAGCUACUCUGUGGAUUAACGCGGGCUCUGUGUGGCGCCAAGCAGUGGGCGUGUAACGACGGGAACCAGUGUAUCUCAACCUACUGGAGGUGCGAUGGGGAUGUGGACUGUGCGGACGGCAGCGACGAGACAGAAUGUGGCUCCCAUCGGUGUGCCGUCAACGAGUUCGAGUGUACGAGCGGACAGUGCAUUCCCCGGGGUUGGCGAUGUGACGGCGAGGACGACUGCAACGACUCCAGUGACGAGCGGGGCUGUGUCAAGGCGGAGUGCAGCGACGCCUACUUCAAGUGUUCCUCGGGCGACAAGUGCAUCCACAUGUUCUGGCGCUGUGACGGCGAGGCGGACUGCUUCGACGGCAGCGACGAGGCCGACUGUCACGAGAUUUUAGCGUCAUGUACGAGCAAGGAGUUUGAGUGUGCCUCCCACAACGAGUGUGUGCCGAAGGAUAAGGUUUGCGACGGUGCCGGAGACUGCCAAGACCUGAGUGACGAGGCGGCCUGCCCCGCCCAGCCCAGCAAGAGGUUCCCCUUCGUGCCCAAAUCUCCCUCAGAUGUCCCUGACGAGCAGAAGGUCUCCAGAGUGAACUCCUCCAGCGAGUGCGAGGGAAGGUUCAUGUGCGCCACGGGGGACCUCUGCAUCCCCUCCGAGUGGCGGUGCGACAGGGACGACGACUGUCCCGACUCCAGCGACGAAGUGGGCUGCGUGCAGGCUGUUUGCAGGGAGAACUACUUUAGGUGCACCUCAGGGGACAAGUGUGUUCACUCGCGGUGGCGUUGUGAUGGCGACUACGACUGCUUCGACAGAAGUGACGAGGCGGGAUGCUCAGACAUUCAUAUUGAAUGUCGACCUUCUGACUUCAAGUGUAAGUUGCAUGGGGAAUGUGUUGCUCAAUCCAAGGUGUGUAAUGGUGUCCCUGACUGUGAGGACUCUAGUGAUGAGGCUCGCUGCGCCAUCCCUUUGAAUGAGACUGCCACCACGUCCACCACAGGCCCAGCCACAACUGGCCUUACACAGAACAUUGAUACUUCCAAAAAGGGUACUUGUGGGCCAUUUGAGACCCAGUGUUUGUCAGGCCAGUGUGUUGCCAAGGGCUGGUGGUGUGACGGGGAGCCGGACUGUUUGGACGGAAGCGAUGAACAGCAUUGUCCUCAGAAUACCUGCGGCAAUCACCAGCUAACUUGUGCUGCUGAAGGCAAAUGCUUCCCUCUGACCUUCAAGUGUGAUGGCCAAAGAGAUUGCAGCGAUGGCAGUGAUGAAGAAGGCUGCCCUAAGAGAGCCUGUAACAAGGGGGAGUUCACCUGUCAGGACACGGGCCGCUGUCUGCCAAAACAGUGGAAAUGUGAUGGUCAAAAGGACUGUCUGGAUGGUGAUGAUGAAGUGGGAUGUCCAAAGUUUCAGGUCAAGAAGUGCGACCUGCAGCGAGGUCAGUUUGCCUGCAGGACUGGCUCUCAGUGCCUGUCACACAAGAAGGUGUGUGAUGGCCGUGCUGACUGUGCUGAUGGCAGUGAUGAGGGAAGAGCCUGUGAGAUGUCGUGCCACACCACCCUCUGCAGUGAUGGCUGCUUCAGGACACCCAGCGGGCCCCAGUGCAUCUGUCCCACCAACACCACGCUGGACAACCGAGGGAUCACUUGUGUUGGUGGCCUCCCAUCCCCCUUUGUGCUGGUGGGGCGGCGGGAUGCCCUGGAGGCUUACUCCCUCGACGGCACGUGGAACCUCACUGUCUAUGAAGGAAAAUCAACACAUUCAGGGGUCAUCAAAGUUGCUUUUGACCCUGUGGAGGAUGAAGUGUACUUCAGCAUUGUGGAGAUGGCAGGCAUUUACAAAGUGGACCUCCUCAAGACAAAACCACCCCAGUUCAUCUUUGACACAGAUGAGAAUGUCGUGGAGGCCCUUGACAUUGACUACUUGGGGAGGAACCUGUACAUCAUGGAUGGCAUGAGGCAGGUGCUGCUGGCGUGCUCCCUCAACGGCCUGGUUUGCACCACAGUUCUCACCAACACCACGUCUUCCCCUCGCUCCCUGCAGCUUGACCUUGGGAACAGAAAAAUGUUCUGGACAGACUGGAAAGCUGGUGUAGUGGAGUCCAGUGACAUGGAUGGUACUGGCCGGUCUGUUUUGGCAUCUAACCUGAUGUGGCCCAACGCCCUGGCCAUUGACCCGCCUCACCGGCGCAUCUACUGGAUGGAGGCCUCAACGAACACUCUGGAGUCUGUGAAGUAUGAUGGCACUGAUAGAAGGCUCCUCACCAGCGGUACAGUCCAGCAUGUGUAUGCCAUGGACUUGUGGGCCAACUUCUUGUACUUCACUGACUGGUCCACUUCAACUGUGUACAAGUGUGACCUAAAUAACUGCAACGUGCCGACUCCCAUCACUGACGUGUUGCCGGGCUCACCCUUCGGUGUCAAGAUUGUCCACAUUCAUCUCCUUGAGUUGCAGAUGUCUAACCCUUGUAGAAACCACACCUGCAGCCACAUUUGCUUACUGUCUACCACACCUGGCAAGGGCUACAGGUGUGCCUGCCCCACCCACCUUGUGCUGCAGAGGGACCUUCACACCUGCGUCGCGCCCACGAUUGUCUAACGAGCGCGGGGGGCAAGCCUUCAUGUCAAGCAGGUGUAUCCUGUGUUCUCGGCAUUGUUCAGUUUGUUGUGCGAUAAUUUGUUAUGAAAAUGCAGUUUGGUUUUCAUAAUCACCCUCUUUUUGUUGGUGUUUGCUAUAUGACGAAUGGUACAGCUGACUCUUGGUGGAUGAUGACGAUGCGUGAUGUCUGUGAACUAGUAUGUGGUGACUAAUAUAAUAUAAUAAGUGAUAUUUGUUAUAGGUGCAGCUGCUUUCUUUUUUGUCCAUAUUUUAUAUCAAAUUUCAUGCUCAAUUACUUCUCAGAUGGUGUAGUUUGACAACUGUAAAAUACUUUUAUAAAAGAGUUAUGUAUGAGUGGUUGUUCUACUCGUGUCAUCUCACUCACCUGCACGUCCUGCCUCCAUGUAUUACUUGUCUGUGCGAACAUCAUCAAAAGAACAUCCUCUGGACAUGCAGCUGCUCAAGAGGAAAGCACUUUUGUUAGCUAUAUCAGUGUUGUUGAAAAUUCGAUGAGUAGAAAGAUGAAAUUCUACACACAGUCAUAUCUCGAGGCAAUGUUGUUUCUUCACUUUGGAAUUGAAAGUAAAUUUCAGCCUCCCAUGCUUUUGAAACCCAUGUCAAAUGAAAAUGUUGUUUGCCAUGGAAAUACAUGUAAAAUGUUUCAUGAUUCUGAUGUUAAAAAAUAUUAGCCAUCCUACCAUUAAUCAAGCUUUUGAGAACUGCCAUGAUAAUUGCUGUCAAGCUGCACCCAGCUUGUAAUACCCUGGUACAUUUGGUUGCUUUUCCUAAUAAAUGAACUGGUGUUAGGAAGCCUUCUGUCAUCAGGGACAGAGCUCUGUUGUGAAGGUUUGUUGAAUAAACAUGUAAGUCUA